GUCUAUAAAAGGAGACGUUCAAGACGGAAUAGUAGCAGUUGGAUGUUGGCAAGCGCUCAGUUAGGUGCUGUUCGAAAGCGGACUUAGCAGGCAAGUACUGCGCCUGUGUGUGACGGCCAGGCGGUGGCAGUGUGGUACUGCAUUCCAGCGCACACUUGUAAACACUCCAGCUUUUGAAGUGGGAUACAAAAUAUCCAUAGUAUUAUUAUUGUCAGCCCGAGAAUUUGUUGGGACUCCUUGUAGAGCUUCUGGAACUGGAAUUUUUUCCUUACGGAUUUUGUAUAGUUAAUGUUUCAACAGUUGUAAAAAGACUUGAUAACUUGAGCAAAGGGUUGUUGGAGCCCCAAAACUCAGCCGAGUUGCCAUGGCUGAAGUAAAGCUGCAAGAUGCUAACAUGCCUUGUAAAAGUUUGGAAGAUGGGAUUUCAACUUUAAACAGCAGUGAAGAUAGUGGGUGGCAACAAAAACAGAAAAAUGAGUCCCCAGGAAUGGAUUGCACCUCAUUUUAUGACACAGAGGAAAGGCACCAUAGUGAGUUAGAGAAACCUGAUAUUGGGCAGGUGAACAGAGCCAAUAACCAACAAGAUGAGGAGUGGAAAGAGCUGGGAAAGAAAAAACAUCGCCGUCGUCCUUCUAAGAAGAAGAGAAGGUGGAAACCGUACAACAAACUAACCUGGGAAGAGAAGAAGAUGCUAGAGGAAAAAGAGUCUAGGAGAGCUUCCAUGUUAAGGGCAGAAAUGUUUGCUAAAGGACAGCCAGUGGCACCCUACAAUACAACACAGUUUUUGAUGGAGGACCAUGAUCAAGAGGAACCAGACUUGUGCCCGCCUCAACGAAAGGCAAUUAGCACUCUUAUGCCGCCCAAUGCCAACACUUCCACCAAAGGUGACAGCAGUGAAGAGGACUUGGAGGAAGAGGAGGAUGAGACGGGCAGUGAUGGCAUGGGUGGCCAUGAUGGAGCAGAGUUUCUUCAAAAAGACUUCUCUGAAACCUAUGAAAGGUACCAUGCUGAAAGUUUGCAGGAUAUGAGCAAACAGGAGCUUAUCAGAGAGUAUAUGGAGCUGGAAAAAUGCCUGAGCCGCAUGGAGGAAGAGAACAACCAACUGAGACUCCAAGUUGUUGGUAAUCCUGACUCCAGGAUCAGGGAGCUUGAGACUGAAGUGGAGAAGCUGAAGGAGGAGAAUAGGCUAUUAAGAGAGAAGGCACAAUGUGAACCAGUUGUGGGUAAUCAAAGCAGUCACUGAGGCCCACUAGUGACUUGCAGCUCAUCAACUGAGCUGUCACUUUCAACAUUUGACUCUUCCCCCCCCUAUUCAUUGUUAGUUAAAUUUAAUUAUAAAAGUUAACAUUAGAAACAUUUUUACCUCCUUGUGGCAGCUAUGAUGGAGGAACAACCAUUAAAUUAAGGAAAUAUUUUUUUUUUAAAUGCCCAAAAAUAUAAUUGUUUAACUCCAUACAUUUUUUUUUUUAAAUUCUAAGUUUACUAACAUUAAGAUUGGGCCAAGAUAACGUUUGUAAAGACUUAACUGGAGAUCACAUUAAGAGAUGUAAACUUUCAAAAAGAUUGUGAUCUUAAAGUAUUGUUUUAUGCUGUGUGUGUAUAUAUAAAUAUAUAUAUAUUAUAUAUAAUUUUUUUUUUUUUAUUAAUGUAACAAUUUUUUGUUCCCUUUUCCCACCGAUGCCUUUUUCCUUUUAACUACUGGUUUAUUAUUGGGUUUUUCCAGUCUGCAACUUUUUAAUAAAUGUUUAAAAAGAAAAAAAA